CAUGGUUUACUGUAAGUGUUUCGACUACAGCUGUUAUUUAAUUCACGCACCAUUUGAAAAUUAGAUUUGUAAGUUGUCAAAGACGGAGGACUGGUAAAAAAAGUGGACAUAUAUGAUAUAAAAUAGGGGUUCGAUAGUCAGUACUCUCCAGUUAUUAUUUGUCAGUAAUGGGUGAGGAACGAAGACGAGAAGAAGUUCUGGAAGAUGGAGGACCCGGACAAGCUUUCAUGUCCUUUGUUGUUAUGGAUGACUUAUUAGACAAACUUAAGUUGCUUAAUUAUGAUAAAGAAUUUACCCGGGAAAUUCGUUUGAAACCCUUAAACCGCCAUUACUUUGCCCUUCAAACAAAUCCAGGAGAACAGUUCUAUAUGUUCACAACAUUGGCAGCUUGGUUGAUAAGAAAAUGUGGAAAGUCUUUUGACACACCCCAAGAGUAUGAUGACCCAAAUGCAACAAUAUCUAAUAUUGUAGAUGUGCUGAGACAAAUGGGAGUUACCAUAGAUUUUCCUCCAAGCAAGUUGAAACAAGGGUAUGGAGAACAAGCCAUAUUUGUCUUGGAUCGAUUAGCUGAUCAAGCUCUCAAAGACACACAGUUUUCAUGGAAAAGGCCUAUCUAUCCAGAAGAAACUGAAGAAGGAGAAUGUGCUGUGGAAGAAACCCUUGAAGUUACGUCAGAAAAUUUUGAGGAGGAAAUCAUAGGAGAAGACGAAGAUGAUGAUGAAGAAGGAACAAUCAUGGAUCUGGAAACUCUUAAAACUAUAUCAUCUGGUAGACCUUUAAAUGAUGAAAUUGCCAAACCAGAAGAAAUCAUGGAAUCCACUACAGAUUCAGCUGAAUGGAAGCUUGAAGUUGAAAGAGUUCUUCCUCAGCUAAAAGUUACUGUUCGUUCUGACACCAAAGACUGGAGGAGCCACUUGGAACAGAUGCACAAUCAUCGAAAAGAUAUCGAUGAAAGUCUCUCUGUCACAAAGAACCAGUUGGAUAAACUUUACUCUGAUAUUAGUCAUACGUUAGAAAAGAUAAGUAGUAGAGAAAAAUAUGUUAACAGUCAGUUAGAACAGCUGCUGAUGGAGUACAGGAGUGUACAAGAUCAAUUAGCACAGUCCAAAGAACAGUACCGGUCUGUGAGUGGUGGAGUCACUGAAAGGUCUCGCACAUUAGCACAGAUAACAGAAGAACUAGACCAGAUCAAACAAGAAAUGGAUGAGAGAGGAUCAAGUAUGACAGAUGGAACUCCUCUUGUAAACAUACGAAAGGCCCUUAUCCGAUUGAAGACAGAGAUCAGCCAGAUGGAUGUUCGGAUUGGAGUGGCUCUGCACACACUGUUACAAGCUAAGUUGAAAGAAAAGGGGGACCUACAGAGAGCGGCCAAUGCUCGUCCCAGUGUAACAAAUAUUGAUGCUGUAUUUUGAAGUUUUCCUAAGAUUGGAAAAUUAAGUAUGAAAUGCACCAUUUGCUACUCGGAUCUCUAUGGUUAUAAGUAAAAAAAUCACUUAGUUUGUUUUUGCAAACACUCGUUGAUAAAUUGAUUAACUAUUAUAUCAGAUAUUGAAGCUGUAAUAUUUUUUUCUGUUGUUAUUAUCAUGGGUGGGAACAAAUUUUGCUAGUACUGAAACUUUCACAAACAGAUCUUUCCCUCCAACUUUGGCAACACCCAAUAAUCACUGGUAGUAGGCUUGUGUAAUAAAUCACUGUAAGGCCAGGCAAAUAUUUAAAAAAAAAUGACCCCGGUAUGAAAUGAAAAAAAAAAAAAGAGGUCAGAUAAACCAAGUUCAAGUGUUAUUGGGUUGUUUGUUUUAUCAAUACUUUUACUCUUGGUUUUGUUCUGGCUAAAACUGCCAGUACAGGUUUGUAUACCUUUUUAGAAACUCUUCCCACAUCCGAGUUACCAAAAUCUGUUUAAAAACCGUUCCAUUCUAUCACAAUGUAAUAAUGAACUCAUGAGAAUAUGGGUUUUCUGCAUUAUAACUAAUAUAAGUUUUCUGUGUAAGGUUACUGGUGUAAUUUUUUUUAAGCUUUCAGUCAGCUGUAUUUUCUUAAAUAACGAGUUGAAAAUUCAUUUGAAGCGAAACGAUUUUAUUCCGAAGUUUUCCAGUAAUACACACUCCAAAUCACUAAAAAGGCAGGUGAUUAAAUGUACAUUUUUAGUUCUUUAAUAAACAUUGUUAUUUUAUACUGUGUAAUAAAGAAUGCAAAUCCUGUUGAAGCUUGUUAUCUUAGUAUAGUUUCACAUAUUUGUGUGAUGAUUAACUUUUUGAAAGUCUUCACACACACACACGCUAGGAAUUGUACAAUUUACCGUGGAUAAACAUUAAUAGUAGUUAUUUACUUCACUGAUGUUAAUCCAGUAUUGUUAAUAACCAUAAUACUUUGGGUUCAGCAGUGUGUACAAUCAAGUUAAUAAGGGAAGAAACUGAGAAAGAUGCCCUGUAAAUGUCAGAAGGGGGUGGUAUGGAUUCAUUUAGACACGCUUGUCUACUCCUUCACAGAGUUUUACAGCUACAUUUGCGUUCACGAUAUCGUGUAUAACAUGAAACCCAUUUACUUGUGAAAACCUUGCUGAGAAUUGUGAUUUCAAGCGAGAUCGGGAAGAUAAUCUUAUUGUUUAAAUACGAGUUACACGAGAAUAUGCAGCAACUUCUUGUUUGCCCCCAAUUUCCUGCAUGGCCGAACAAACUACUGGACUUGGCUAAGUAUUGUCAAAAUGUCGGAGUUUGUGAGCCAGACAUGUAAAAAAUGCCAAAGAGCUGUAAGAUCAUUGCAGGCCUAUCACUUCCUCUAUAAAAAUCCAUAUUUUUGUCACAGUUUAAUCAAAUUGAUUUUCAUCAAAUUUACAUAAGUAGUGUAUAAAUCUGGAAAUCUUGUCUUUGCAUCUAGAUCACUGGACUGUUUUAUUUUCAACAUGGUUGUGUUUAAUGUGAGUAGUAUAGGUUAUUUAUAGCCAAAACACUUUGCUGGAAAACCUAGUUUUUGUUGCUUAAUAGCUUACAAAAAUCUGUAUUGUUAUAGCACGAUCUACGUACUAUAAGAUUUGAGUGGGAAGUCUGCCAUUGUUAAGAUAAUGCUUUUGACUAAGAUUGUCAAAGCAUUGUUAUAUAAUCAAAAUCUGAGUUAUAUGAUGUUAUUUUCCUGCUGUAUAGAAUUGUGUCACAAAAUAACUUGAUAUUGAAUGUAAAUUUUUUUUAAAGUUAUAUUGUCCUAUUUGCCUUACCUCUAAACACUGUUUUUAGUGAAAUAUUUUUGUGUUAUGAAAUACCAGUAAAACAGUACUCAAAUGUUCAAUAAUAUUGGCCGAACUUAACGUGAUGUAAAGCAUAUUCUUCCAAAUAAACUAUUUUUAUUAAAAGUUUGAUAAUAGAGGUUAUAGGAAUUUAGUUACCUGUUGAAGAAGGGACAGAUGGUUUACUAAAUUAGAUACUUUGAAAUAUAUUUUAUCUUGCAUAAACACAAUACAGUGGCAAUGUUGCCUGUUCUUCAAGUCGUAUUUAAAGCACCUUAGCAGGAACAAGGAACGUCAUAUACUAACGAAGUGGAACAGAAUAAGUAAUUGUACAAACUUGUAAUUCAUGCAUCACUUCUUUACUAAUUUUUGUCAUCAACCUUCAUAAUAUUUUGCAUUGAAUAAAAAAUUCUGUAUGC